AAAAGAAGCCAUUCAAUUUCGGGACUUGUACCAAAUCAUGAUAGAAUUUGCAUCUUUAAAAUAUAAAAUCUCCAUUUCCUAAAUCUGAAAUUCUAUGUUGUAUUAACAAAAGCUUAUAGCUUUAUAUGGAUACACACUUUAUAUUAGCUCGACUUACCAUAUUAUAUAUUCAUUUGUUUUAUUGUCUCAGCAUGACGAUUUCAGGAUGGGUGUUUAUGAUAUCUGUUGGAUUCAAUGCAGCGAUAAGUGUAAGAGUGAGUAAUGAACUUGGAGCUGGAAACCCUAAAUCAGCAGCGUUUUCUGUAAUCAUCGUCAACAUAUAUUCAUUAAUCACAUGUGUGAUCUUGGCCAUCAUUAUUAUGGUGUGCCGUGACUAUUUGAGCUAUGCAUUCACUGAAGGUGAAAAAGUAUCAGCUGCGGUGUCUGAUCUAUGUCCGCUUUUGGCUGUAACGCUUAUUCUCAAUGGAAUUCAACCUGUCCUUUCUGGUGUGGCGGUUGGAUGCGGUUGGCAAACGUUUGUGGCAAAAGUUAACGUUGGAUGUUACUACAUUAUUGGAAUUCCUCUUGGGGCUCUCUUUGGGUUUUACUUCAAGUACGAUGCCAAGGGUAUAUGGACCGGAAUGAUUUGUGGUACGCUUAUACAGACGGUUAUUUUGGCAUGGGUCACGUUCAGAACAGACUGGACAAAAGAAGUGGAAGAAGCUUCCAAAAGAUUGGACAUAUGGAGCAACAAGAAAGCAGAAGUAAUUUAGAAAUAAUGUUAAGCUUGGAAUUAAUAACCUGAAAUAUUAUUUUUUGCCCAAACAUUAUAUUUUUAUGCAUUAAUUAAGAAUGAAUUAUACAUUUAAUUAAA